AUGUCAGAUCACUUCCCAACGGAGGAGAAAAUGCAUGAGUUCAUGCCGGCCACUGAGAAUGUAGAUGUGUCACGCCUUCAACCAAAGCUUGACUCGAAGGUCGAGCAUGUAUCCUUUCAAGAACAAUAUGACAGCACCUCACCUUCUACCCUCCGUUCUUCGGCCUCGGAAAUGAUCGUUUCCUUUACACCUAAUGAUCCAGAUAACCCAUUCAACUGGCGACAGAGAAAGAAGCUUGUGGUGAUUGCUUCUGGUAUGAUGCAAAUCAUGAACAGCACUUUCGGUUCGUCAAUUAGCAGCAACGCCACCCCAGAGAUUGCUGUCGAGUUUCAAAUCACCAACCAAGAAUGCUUGGUACUCCCAAUCUCAGUCUUCUUGAUUGGAUGCAUCCUGGGUCCUUUACUUUGGGGCCCCAGUUCCGAAUACUUUGGCCGCCGCUGGCCUCUACUAAUUGCCUACUGCGGCUUCAUGAUUUUCACGCUUGCCUGCGCAGUAGCUGACUCUUUUGCCUCCUUGUUGGUGUUUCGGCUUUUGAGCGGCAUGAUGGCAUCAGCACCAAUUGCCAUUGUCGGGGGACUCUUUGCCGAUAUACAGGGUGACCCAACCAGAAGAGGACGUCUCAUGGCAUAUUAUAUGGCCUGUGCGAUCAUCGGCCCUAUCAUUAGCCCCUGGGUAUCGGGCUACGUAGCCCCUAUCAGUUGGCGGUGGUGCUUCUGGAUUGAACUCAUUUGCAGCGGUGCCAUACUUCCACUGGUAGUCUUUAUGCCGGAGACUUACGCGCCAGUGAUUCUCAAGCGACGCGCACAGAAAGCCCGCAAAGAUACUGGCGAUUCCAGUAUCAUGGCACCACUGGAGCUGGACAGUCGUGAUAUAAAGCAAAUUGCUUUUGUUACUCUUUCAAGACCUUUCCGCAUGUUGUUUCAAGAGUGUAUUGUCUCUUUAACUUGCCUUUAUGUUGCGCUUGUUUACGCGAUCUUUUAUCUCUACUUUGAGGCCUACCCGAACAUUUUUCAAGGAAUCUACGGCAUGAGCGCUGGCGUCUCUGGCUUGAUGUUCCUGCCGAUCGGACUUGGUGUUGUCCUCGCUUGUUUUGUGUUCGUAUGGUGGGAUUGCUACCUUGCCCGAGCCAAAUCCCGCGGCGCCAACUGGGCAUUUAUCGAAGAAUAUCGCCGACUACCACUGGCUUGCUUAGGAGGCCCACUAUACGUUAUUUCCCUAUUCUGGGUAGGAUGGACCUCCUCGGCAAAUAUCCACUGGGUUGUACCUUGUCUAUCCGGUAUCCUCUUCGGAACUGGCUACUUGCUGAUUUUGAUGGCAAUGCUGAACUAUUUAACCGAUGCGUACGAGACACUUUCAGCGAGUGCCCAGUCUGCCACUAGCUGUACGCGCAGUAUCCUCGGCGCUGUGAUCCCUCUGGCUGCGAAGCCCAUGUUCUAUCGACUUGGCAUCCCCUGGGCGUGCAGUCUCAUUGGGUUUUUGAGUCUCGGCGUGUCUGUCAUUCCAUUCGCAUUCAUUCGAUACGGUGAUCAGAUCCGGGCCAACAGCAAAUUCUGUCAAGAACUGAAGGGGCUUAAAGAAGCCGAGAGACUCAAGCUGGAGAGCGAGAUGCGUGCUGGUAAUCAGUUUGAUCAUUUUCAGAAGGUGUCCACGCAUACAUCUUCGAUCGUGCGAGUUGACGUCGAGAAAUCGGGGUUUUGUUGA